AUGCGUUGGACAGCGCACAUGAAAGAAUGUCUGGAAGUCUUGACUGAGAGAAAAGAGACCCCCAAUGACGCAGUCCUUGUACAGCUCGUUCAAAUCCAACUCGUCGUGGACAAGGUGAUCAGGCGGUCUUGGGACGAAAGCGGACUCGCCGCCGAAGACAGCCCCCGGUUGCCGACAUCCUUUUUCAUACAAACGAUGCAACAUCAGCUGCAAAGUAUUAGAAGCCAAAUUCCCCCUGAAUUAGCGAACAACAAGGUUGUGCUUUUCCAUCUAUACCAAGCCGAAGUGACUGUAUAUGAGUCCGCGCUGUCGAGGUCGGCCACACGAGUCGAGAACGUAGAUGUCACUCGUAUCAGCCAUCUUUAUGCCUGUCUAUCAGCAACCAAGAAUUGGCUUGACCUCCUUCUCACCCUCGGUCCUGAAGAAUAUGUCUUCCUGCCAGUAACGAUCAUCUUCCAGGUCUCACACUGCCUGGGUACCUUGUUCUAUCUUUCCACAUUUGACUACCCGGGCUGGGAUAAAGAAGCGGUUACACGAACAGCUGAUCUCCAGUCCAUCUCGCAGGAGGUAAUUGACCGACUGGAAUCAGUGGCCGAAGCGGCAGGCAUUCAGAACGAAGGAACAGAUGGGGAUUCGUGGAGCAAGGCGGCCAGGAUCCUUCCUAAAUUGCAAGCUAGCUGGGCAUCUAGGCUCCCGAACGCUGUAGCUAUAGGUGAAAACACAGACGGACAGUCGUCGGCUCUUCCUAGUGUUGACGAGGACUUCCUCGAAGCAUACCUCAAUUGGCCGGAUGUAUGGCUGAUGGAAUCGUGGAUGCAGGCGACUCAGAACGGAUUGUGA